GGCCACCUGACCUGGAAACCUGGAAAACCUGGAAUUGGACGUGAAUUUUGUUAAACCUUGAAAAAACCUGGAAUUGGACGUGAAUUUUUUUCAAAACCUUGAAUUUUAAUUCCCAACUGAAAUUUAAUUGAUAUUCGUGAACGAGUUUUCCGGAAAAUGUGGUUAGGUCCGAUCUAUUUAACAUAAAGCUUUUAUCACAUUCCUACAAUUUCUAUGCGCAUCAUUAAGUUGUCUGCUUUCUGUUCGUCCUAAUCUUUAAGCCAAUCAAUUUUCGAUAUGACUAUUCUGAAAGAAAUUCACAGGUGGAUCCCCGAUCCGUGCCUGUCUCAUAAUUGAGUCUUCUAAUACCCCAACUCUGCAUAAACAUUCUAUGGGUAGAACGUGAACAUGCAACUAUCUUUUUACUACAGUAUUUGUUUGACAAAAACGAAAUAAGUUCGAUCUCAGAGUUUUUAGUGAAAAUGUAAAGUUUUUUUUAGAUAAUACGCCAGUUACUGUGAUUUACAAUUGUAGCAAUGCCUCGCCAGCACUCGACAUCUGUUUUUCAAGAGCAGUGGCUUACUGAUCCGUUAUUUAUUAAUUGGUUAAAAAAAAGUGCCAAAGAUGGUCAAUAUGCGUAUUGCUUUUUAUGUUUAAAAGACAUAUCUGUAUAUAAUAUGGGUCGACAGAGUCUCCUAAGCCAUAUGAAAAGUAAAAAACACAAAGAAAAACUUUUAGUAAUGCAAAAGACUGUCGAUAUUCGAGCGCAACUGUCAUCUCCCAAAUCCACAUCAGAAAAUUACAUACCAGAGCCUAUUCCUCAAGCAAAUGAUUCUGAAAAGUCAUUUCAGGAACCUGUAGUGACGAAGAAAGCCGAAGUCCGUGGGAUAAAAGCGCAUCUUCUUAAAGAGAAUGUCACAACAGCAGAGAUUAUUUUGUGCCUGCAAUCUGUAAUCACUCAUAAGUCGAUGAGAACUGCUGCUAAGGAUGUUUCUUUAUUUAAGAUGAUAUUUUCUGACAGCGAAAUAGCUCAGAAACUUCAGCUCCAAAGGACAAAAAUUGGUUAUACCAUCGUUUUCGGCAUAGCUCCUUAUUUUAAGGAAGAAUUGAAUAAGGUCUUACUUAACUGCCCUCGCUUCGUGAUUGGCUUUGAUGAGUCAUUAAAUAAAGUAUGCCAGCAACAACAAAUGGACAUAAAUGUGAGGUAUUGGGAUGAUCAGACGAAUCAAGUGUGCACCAGGUAUUUGACUUCAGCCUUUCUAGGAAGUACUAAAGCUGUCGAUUUGUUAAAAGCAUUUUUAGAGGCUUUGAAACCGUUAAAUGUGCAACUAAUAUUACAAAUAUCGAUGGACGGUCCGAAUGUAAAUUUAAAGUUUCUAAAAGAUCUAAAAGUAUAUUUGAAAAAUUGUGAAUGCGAUACAGUUUUGCUGGAGUUGGGAAGCUGUGGUAUUCACACUUGUCAUAAUGGCUUCAAAGCUGGAUUUAGCGCUACUGAUUGGGAUAUUGUAAAGUUUUUAAGAGGAUUGUACAAUGUUUUCAAAGAUGUGCCUUCACGAAGAGCUUUGUACACGUGUUAUACAAAUUCCAGUAUUUUCCCUAUGAAGUUCUGUUCUAUUAGAUGGUUAGAAAAUGCUGACGUAGCGCAAAGAGCUCUUGACAUGUUGCCUCAUGUACAAACAUUUAUUAAGACCGCUGAGAAUGAAAAAACGCAACCAUCUUCAGCUAGUUAUAAAAAGGUAACAGAGUGCAUGCAAGAUCCAAUGAUUGGUCCGAAAUUAGCAUUCUUUAAAACGAUUGCAACAGAUGUGGAGCCAUUUCUUCGAGAAUUCCAGUCCGAUUGGCCACUUGCACCAUUUUUAUACUCAGCUUUACAUGCUUUGCUUGAGAAGAUCAUGGAUCGCUUUGUAAAACCAUCGUGUAUUCGACCAGACGUCGACGUUUAUAAACAAGAAAAUCUUAUUCAUUCACAGAAAAUCGAAAUUGGAUUUGAAUCAUUAAAAGAAAUCAAGAAGUGCAGAAAACGCGUGACCGAUUUGGAGAUUGCUGUUUUUCGUCGAGAUUGUAGAAGGAUAUUGCAAAAAUUUGUUUCAAAAAUCAAUGAGCGUUCUCCACUUAAAUUCAAGCUAACAGAAGCCAUAAGUUCUCUUGAUCCAGUCAUCUUUUUGAAACCCGAAGGAAAAGAGCGAUUUCAAAAACUCCUGCACAUAUUACAUGAUAAUAACUGGAUUCAUUCUGCGACUGCUGAUACGGCACUUCAUCAGUACAAAGAAUUAUGUUCAUCAAUGACUGUAAUUGAGGAAUGCAAAAUUUUCAACAGAAAAAAGGAAAGAUUAGAUUCUUUUUGGAUGAGGCAUGUGCUUAAUAACGACAGAGAAUACCAUGAUUUUAAAAUCGUUUUAGAAACGACACUCAUUCUUUCUCAUGGUAACGCGAACAUCGAGCGAGGAUUUUCCAUCAACGCUGAAAGUAUUUUCGAAAAUAUGACGCAAGAAACUCUUGUAGCGAAUAGGAUAAUCUAUGACGCGGUAAAUGCUUUGGGUGGAAUCAAUAAGGUUCCAAUUACUAAAUCAUUAAUUCACGCUGCUCGAAACGCCAAUAAAUUGUACAAAGAAGCCUUGCAACGUAAAAAAAAAACAUCUGAUGAUGAAUCACAGGAACUCCUUAAAUUAAAAGAAAAUUCUUUCCUAAUAAAAAAUUUAGAAAACGAAAAAAGUAAAGUUUUAAAAGACGCUGAAAAAGCUGCACAAGUUUUGGAUAAAAAAAUCGAAGUUAUAAAAAGUAAAUAGUCUCUGAAUAUAUGUAUGUUAAAACAAGGAAACUGAUCCAAAGAUCUCGUAUUUUUUUUUUCGUUAUGUAUAUGAUCUACUCUUUUAAAUGUU